AUGGAGACCGAGAGCUACUAUGAUCCCGUUCACUCUCUUUGUGUUAGGGCUCAUGUCGCUCUCUGGAAUAGCCUACCUUGUUCGACACGCUUCCUGGAGGGUUCUCUAUCUCUGCACAUCCGUUCCAGCAGCUAUCCACACUUCCACAGUAUCUGCCUCUAUUUCUUCGCCUUGGAGUCUCCUCGUUGGCUUCAUCUGCAAGGUAAGAACGAAGAAGCCAUUCAAGUGCUCAAAAAGAUCUCACCUGCGAAAAGAGGUUACUUGGAAUCAGUAUCUUAUAAGCUAUCUCGAAAAGAAACCCUAGAACAAGCUCCAAACAGCUCGAUCAAGGACUUGUUUACCAGGAAAUGGGCUUUCGAAGAAUCGUAG